UACUCAGUAUUAUCCAAUCGCUUGCUUAAUUCGUUAUUACAAAAUGAAAUUCAAGUGUGUUGAACCUGACUUUUCGAUGCUACCAACUGAACUUUUGGUAAAGAUCUUCAAAUACCUCCCGGUAGCCGAUCGCAGUACUGCCAGCGUGGCCUGCUGGCACUGGUACGAAGCCUCCAAGUAUCUGGGCUUUGUCCAGAAGAUGUGCCUGCAUUUAAUAGGUGUAGAAUUCGACGACUUCAAACCUCCAGUGAUGGAUCUCCUACAAAGUAGCUUCUGCUUUCCAGUGCUCAAGCUUACCCGCGUCAAGCUCAAUGUCUACAGCAAGUUCUGGGCUAAAUUUGGACCCUUCGUUCAGGAGAUCACCUUCGAAAAGUGUAUGAUCUGGCGCGAACGGAUCAUUUCGGUGUUCAAGUUCAUGCCAAACCUUCGGAUAGCUCGGUUCGUCGAGUGUGACCUGCUGCGAGAUGAUUUGUUUAAAAACUGGAAAUUCUUCGAGAACGGAGUCGUCAAGAUCUACUUUCCAAGCAUCGUACAUCUCAGCCUUGCAAAAAACACUUUCAGCGAGCUGCAGUUUGACGUCAUGGUUGACAUGAUGCCAAACUUGACCGAAGUAGACUUCUCCAACUGUUUCCGAAGUGUGGAUUCUACUCGGAAGGCGCAGCUCUUAAACUGUAUUCUAACGUUCAUCCAGCAUCGACAGAACGAUUUGAAAAGCCUUAACCUUGGUGGUGUUCCAGUGGACGACAUAUUUCUUCGAGGCAUGGUGAAAGCACGAGGACUUUUGAUGAAACAGCUUACAUUGACAUACCUGGAGAAGAUCCCGCGGAAAUUACCAGCGAUCAUUGAUCUUCUACAGCAGCAAACGGAGAUUGGCGUUCUUGAUCUGUCACAAUCCACGGGAAUCAACGAUUACUGUAUAGACCAAAUUGUCCGAAAUAUGACAGGCUUAAGGAUAGUAAGAUUAGCCGGCUGUUGUGGAGUUUCCGACUACGGAGUAGUGCAGUUAUUCAAACUUCGUAAGCUGGAAAUAGUAGAUCUUUCCAAGUGUCGCAUUACGAAGCGGGGAAUCAUUGAUGGGGCAACCAACAGUUCCAAGACUACUUUGAAGGAGCUUCAUCUGGAGUUGUUGAGUCCUCUGGAUGACGAAUGUAUAGUAAAAAUUGGUUCAAGUUUUUCCAACCUAACGGUUUUAAACAUGGGAGGGUCCGCUUCUUGCAUGACUGAUUGUGCUCUUCAGCACAUUUUCUAUAACCUUACCAAUCUUGAACACCUGAAUUUAGAGAGAAGUACCAAGUUGACGGACGCCGGAUUCACCGGAAUCGAUCUACCGCAAAAGACGUUUGCCAUCUGGGAUAUCGAGGAAACAUUCUCCAUUGAUCGAUUGAAGAAGCUACGCGUUCUUAAAGUUUCCGGAUGCUAUAAACUCACGGACUUUUCGUUGAGGUAUGCCUUCCGAUUUAUGGAACUGAAGGAACUAAGCCUGUCCAGAUGUCAUCAGAUCUCCAAGCAAGGUAUCGAGAAACUCGUGACCAGCUGCCCCGCUCUGGAGUAUUUGGAUCUUAGCGAAUGUCCGAACAUCAACGACUACUGUAUCGAGUUGAUCGCGCAGAACUUGAAACGCAUAACCACGCUGAAGUUGGCCAACUGUCCGUUGAUCAGCGAAGUGGCACUAAGCUAUCUGUCGCAGUUCUGCAAGUACUUGAAGUACCUGUACGUGAGGGGCUGCUUCAAGCUACCACCGGAUAUCUCGGAACGAUUGGCCAACAUUACUACGCUGAGACAAGUGUACAAAUCUUGAGUUCAAACAAUUACCUUACCUUAUGUUACUCUGUAUAUUUUGUCUUCUAUUCGU